UUCAGUCUUCUUUUUUUUUUUUUUUUUUUUUUUGUUUCUGAGCUUUUUUGACUGUUUUUUUUUUCUUCUUCUCUUCCCCUCUUCCGUGAUUCUAUUCAUAUUCUCUUUAUUCUAUUCUCUCUCUUUUGUUCCCACGAUGCGACUGCGAGGCGCUCUGCUCGUUGUUGCCGCGCUGCUGGCUGCCGUUGCCAUUGCAGAUGAGCACGACCACCUGUACGAAAACUUUGACGAGGUCGUCCUCUGGAUGAACACGGUCGGCCCAUAUCACAAUCGCCAGGAAACAUACAACUUCUUCUCGCUGCCGUUCUGCCGCGGUCCCAAGCCGUCGAUCGACCACCCGCACGAAACGAUCGGAGAGGCAUUGCAAGGCAUCGAUCUCGAGUUCUCGGGCCUCGACAUUCGCUUUGGCGUGGACGUGCCAGAACGCAAGGCCUACUGCCAGGUCGUCUUGACAGAGGACAACUUUGACGCGUUCGUGUAUGCAGUGCGCAACCACUACUGGUACCAAAUGUACCUCGACGAUCUGCCAAUCUGGGACAACGUCGGCGAAACCGUGGUUCCCGACGACCAGACGGGCGAUGAGGCGAGCACCCAUGACCGCACCGAUGUGCAGUACGCCAUCUGGACGCACAGGCACUUUGACAUUGGCUUCAACGGCAAGCAGAUUGUGGACGUCAAGCUGACCCACGACAGCAGCACCAUUCUCGCUCCCGGAAUCACCAUCUCGUUCUCCUACACUGUCGCCUGGGGCGAGUCUUCCACCUCGUUUGCUGAGCGCUUUGACAAGUACCUCGACCCCAACUUUUUCCAGCACAACAUCCACUGGUUUAGCAUCUUCAACUCGUUCAUGAUGGUCAUCUUCCUCGUCGGCCUCGUGAGCAUGAUUCUGAUGCGCACUCUCCGCAAGGACUAUGCUCGGUACAGCCGCGACGAUGACAUUGACGACAUGGAGCGCGAUCUUGGUGACGAGUAUGGCUGGAAGCAAGUUCACGGCGAUGUUUUCCGCGCCCCCUCGCACUUGCUCUUGUUCUCGGCGCUUGUUGGCAGUGGUUAUCAACUCGUCGCCGUGGCCGUCGCAGUCAUUUGCUUUAUCAUUGUUGGCGACCUUUACACGACUCGCGGAUCGAUUCUCACCACUUGCAUCUUUGCGUAUGCCGCGCUGUCUCCGGUUGCCGGCUUCUCUGGUGGCUCGCUGUACGCGCGUUAUGGCGGACGCGAGUGGAUUAAGCAAACCUUCCUGACUGCCGCGCUGCUGCCAUUCACCGUGUCGGCGACCGCGUUCAUGAUCAACUUUAUCGCCAUUUACUACAAUGCCACGCGUGCCAUCCCGUUCAUUACCAUGUUGAUGGUGCUUGCCAUCUGCUUUUUCGUCGUCAUGCCCCUGUGCUUGGUCGGCACCGUGCUUGGUCGCAACAUGUGCGGCGCGGCCAACUUCCCCUGCCGCGUCAAGCCAGUCCCGCGCCCCAUCCCUGAAAAGCAGUGGUACAUGGAGCCCUGGGUCAUCGUUCUCAUCGGCGGCAUUCUGCCGUUCGGCUCCAUCUUCAUCGAAAUGUACUUUGUCUUUACCUCCUUCUGGGCGUACAAGAUUUACUACGUUUACGGCUUUAUGUUGUUAGUCUUCCUCAUUCUUGCCGUUGUUACCGUGUGCUCUACCAUCGUUUGCACGUACUUUUUGCUCAACUCGGAGGACUACCGCUGGCACUGGACGAGCUUCUUGAGCGCCGCAUCAACUGCGCUUUAUGUGUACGGCUAUUCUAUUUACUACUUUUUGUUCAAGACCACAAUGUACGGCCUUUUCCAAACAAGCUUCUAUUUCGGUUACAUGGCCCUCUUCUGCAUCGGCCUCGGUGUCUUGUGUGGCACGAUCGGACACGCAGGUACAAGUGUAUUUGUGCGACAAAUCUACCACAAUGUCAAGCUCGAUUAAGUCGAGUUUUAACAACAAAGUAGAAUCAUUUUGGGAUGUGUGUCUUCCCAAUCCAGACCGAUUUUUUUUUCCUGUUUUCGUUGUGUCUGGCCUAAAAUCACCAUUCCGUCGUGUGUCGUGUUAUUUUGCUGCUCGUUUGUCUGUUCAGUUUUUUUUGGAGUUGCUUGCCUCUCCUAUCCAAAAAUAUUCAUCUACCUCUGUAUUUCUGUCCUUGGCAACCAUGAAGGUGGCGUACGAAUCGUAAUUUUUCACUGUUUUUCUUUGUUGCACAAAAACAAUGCAGCCAGCUGCAAUGUAGAACACCGAAAACACACAUCACACACAUCAAAAGAAAUAAAUAAAUAAACAAUGCAA